AUGCAGCUGGAUACAGGAAUGGACGUAACUACGAUCGGGAGAGAAACUUGGACACGAAUCGGUCGUCUAAAACUCCAACCUCUUACUACUUCAUGUGUGAAUGUAUCAGGACAUCCACUACAUACCAUAGGAUUUUUUAACGCCUCAUUUGGCUACAAAGAUUGUGUGAUAAGAGCACAAGUCAUCGUACUUGAUCGUCCAGAAACUGCACUACUUAGCUUUCAAGCAAUAGAUGAGCUUGGCUUAAUUACCUACGAUACAGGAGUCGUCGGAAAUCUGCAAACAAUGAAUACGAUUAAUUCAUUUCAUAAACAAUUCACAGAACUUUUCAGUAGUUCCACAGGAGAAUGCACCAAGAUGACAGUUCAUCUACGGCUUAAACCAGAUGCGAAACCGAAACAUAUUCCACGACGUCCAAUCGCACUUGCAUUAGAAGAAUCAGUCAAUGAAGAACUGGAUAGACUCGUUAAAAGUGGAAUUUUAACGCCAGCUGACUUUUCGGAAUGGGCGGCGCCCAUAGUAGUUGCACGCAAAGCAAAUGGGAAAAUACGUAUUUGUGCAGACUACUCUACAGGAUUAAAUGACGCACUUGACGCGGAGGAUUAUCCAAUCCCAGGGAUAGAAGAACUUAUGGCAAAACUUCGAGGAAGUUCUAUCUUCUCACAACUAGAUUUAUCUGAUGCUUAUUUCCAUCUAAGACUGGAUGAGGAAAGUAAGAAGCUAACUACAAUAAAUACUCAUCGAGGUUUAUUUGCUUACAAUCGGUUGGUUUUUGGGUUAAAACCAGCUCCUGCAAUUUUCCAACGUACGCUGGAACAGGCACUUACAGAUAUUCCAGGCGUACUCGUCUAUCUUGACGAUAUUCUGAUUUAUGGUCAGGAACGCACCGAGCACGAUACGCGUUUACACGCCGUGCUAAACCGCUUGCAAGAAUGGGGUUUUCGACUCCAAAAGGAAAAAUAUAAAUUUUAUACUUCAAUAGUUAAAUACCUUGGAUUUAUUGUUUCAGCUAAAGGUAUUGAGCCUGACCCAGCACGUCUUCGACCUAUUCAAACAAUGCGAGCUCCGACGAAUACAUAA